CGCUCCUUCCGGGUUUGGGAGCGGAAGUGGGCGAAUUUGAAUCUUGUGGGCCGUUGAGUGUGGCUGCUCGCGGUCCGCGUGCCGCGGCGCUGAGCGGGCAGGGAAAAGUGACGCAGACGCUCUGGAACUUCUGCCCGGCGCACCUUGUAAAAUGAAUGAAAAUAAACCUGGUGACUCACAGAACCUUGCUUGUGUUUUCUGUCGAAAAAAUGAUGACUGUCCUAAUAAAUAUGGAGAAAAGAAAACUAAUGAGAAAUGGAAUCUCACUGUACAUUACUAUUGUUUGUUGAUGUCAAGUGGAAUUUGGCAGAGAGGUAAAGAAGAAGAAGGAGUUUAUGGUUUUCUAAUAGAAGAUAUCAGGAAGGAAGUAAAUAGAGCUUCUAAACUGAAAUGCUGUAUUUGCAAGAAAAAUGGUGCUUCAAUUGGAUGUGUUGCACCCCGAUGUAAACGAAGUUAUCAUUUCCCCUGUGGACUUCAGAGAGAAUGUAUUUUCCAGUUUACUGGCAAUUUUGCGUCAUUUUGUUGGAACCAUCGACCUGUUCAAAUUACAUCUAAUAAUUAUAAAGACUCCUUAACAUGCACCAUUUGCUUGGAAUUUAUUCAGCCUAUUCCAAGUUAUAACAUAUUACGAAGUCCUUGUUGUAAGAACGCUUGGUUUCAUAGAGACUGUUUACAGGUUCAAGCAAUAAAUGCGGGAGUGUUUUUUUUUAGGUGUACAAUAUGCAAUAAUAGUGACAUCUUUCAGAAAGAGAUGUUGAGAAUGGGAAUUCAUAUUCCUGAAAAAGAUGCAUCCUGGGAAUUAGAGGAAAAUGCUUAUCAAGACCUUUUGCAGCACCAUGAGCGUUGUGAUGUUCGAAGAUGUCGUUGCAAAGAAGGGCGAGACUAUAAUGCACCUGACAGCAAAUGGGAAAUAAAGCUCUGUCAGUGUUGUGGCUCCAGUGGCACACAUUUAGCCUGCUCUUCACUACAGUCAUGGGAACAAAAUUGGGAGUGUUUGGAAUGUAGGGGUAUUAUCUACAAUUCAGGAGAGUUCCGAAAAGCCAAAAAACAUGUUUUACCCAGCUCCAAUAAUGUGGGGAUUACAGAUUGUUUGUUGGAAGAGUCAUCACCAAAAUUACCCAGACAGUCACCUGGAUCCCAGAGUAAAGAUCUACUGAGGCAAGGCAGCAAAUUUAGAAGAAAUGUAUCAACACUAUUAAUAGAGUUAGGAUUCCAAAUUAAAAAAAAAACUAAAAGAUUAUAUAUCAACAAAGCCAAUAUCUGGAAUAGUGCCUUAGAUGGAUUCAGAAAUAAAAACUUUAAUCCUUUAUAUGCAAUUGAAGUAGCAUAUGUUAUUGAAAAUGAUAAUUUUGGAAGUGAGCAACCUGGAUCAAAGCAAGAAUUUCUGAGUCUCUUAAUGCAACAUCUUGAGAACUCAUCAUUGUUCGAAGGGUCCUUGUCAAAGAACUUGUCUCUAAAUUCUCAAGCUCUGAAAGAGAAUCUUUACUAUGAAGCUGGCAGAAUGCUUGCCAUUUCUUUAGUUCAUGGUGGUCCUUCACCUGGUUUCUUUUCUAAAACCCUGUUUAACUGUCUUGUUUAUGGACCAGAAAAUACCCAGCCAAUUUUAGAUGAUGUUUCAGACUUUGAUGUGGCACAGAUUAUAAUCAGGAUAAAUACUACAACAACUGUAGCUGACUUGAAAUCGGUAGUAAAUGAAUGCUCUAACUACCUUGAGUUUAUUGGAUGUCUCAGACUUAUAACAUCAUUAAGUGAUAAAUAUAUGUUAGCAAAAGACAUACUUGUCUACCAUGUAAUUCAGAGAGUCCAAGAACCCUUCGAAAGUUUUAAGCAGGGUCUGAAAGCCCUUGGUGUUUUGGAGAAAAUUCAGGCUUACCCAGAAGCAUUUUGUAGUAUCCUGUGCCAUAAACCUGACAGUCUUUCUGCAAAAGUCCUUAGUGAUCUUUUUACAGUACACACAUUACCUGAUGUAAAAGCUUUGGGAUUUUGGAACAGUUACUUACAAGCUGUUGAAGAUGGCAAAUCUACAACAACAAUGGAAGACAUUCUGAUUUUUGCAACUGGUUGCAAUUCCAUUCCUCCAGCUGGAUUUAAACCCACUCCUUCAAUUGAGUGCCUGCAUAUGGAUUUUCCUGUUGGAAACAAGUGUAAUAACUCUUUAGCAAUUCCGAUUACCAAUACAUAUAAAGAGUUUCAAGAAAAUAUGGACUUUGCCAUAAGAAACACUCUAAGACUAGAAAAGGAAGAAAAUUCUCCUUACAUUGGACAUUAAAAUGUUACCUUGAACAAAGAGAAGCUUCUUUAAAAGCUGCUAUUGGUGACUUUUGUUUCACUAAUCUUUUCAUCAUCACUUUGAACAAACUAGUUAGCUUCUUGGCCUAUUAAAAUUUAUGAUAUCAACAUAAAGGAAUUUUACGGACAUUUAGGCUAAAAAAAACUUUUUGUUAAAGCUUACUAGUCAAAAUGGGUGAUAGUUUCUCAUUUUCUUGAUAUACAUACUUCAUAAACCUCAUUGAAAUGCUCUCAAAAUGGUUGUAUGGAUUUUAUUUAGAUAUGGUAGCACGGUAUAUAAAAGUAAAAACUUUUUUACUCACUAUUUUUGUAAAUUAGGAUUACAUAUAGAAUGCCACCGUUUUUCCAGAUUUAUUCAAUUUUCAAAUUAUCCCCCAUUUUAUUUUAAAGCAUUAAGUAGAAAAGCUAGUUGGUUAAAUUUUGUUAUAUAAAUGAGAGACAUAUAUUCUGGGUGGGGGUUGUUUUUCUAUGCAUGCUUUUCUAGGAUGGCACCAAAUUAGUUGUUUAAGAUUUAUUAGAUUACUGAUUUAUGUUAAGAUGACCCACACUGCAGUUAGAUUAUGCCUAGUUGGGGAGUAUUAUAUGAAAAACAGAAUUAAGCUGGACACAGUGGUAUGUGCCUGUAAUCCUAGUUACAAGGGAGGCUAAGGUGGGAGAAUCGGGUGGUGUUCAGCCAGCCUGGGCCAUAUAACAAGACCCCCAUCUCAAAAAAAAAAAAAAAAGCAGAAUUGCACAAAUUUUCUGGAAUCCGUGGACAUUCCAUGAGUUUAAACACUUUUGGGGUUGAUAACGUAUGGUUGAAAAUACCUAAGAAAGUGUGUCUCCUUUAAAAGCCUUGGCUUUAAUAGUGGGAAAUUUUUGUUGUUGUUGUUGUUGUUUUUCUCUAUCUUAUGUUUGGUAUUCUGUAUGUUGGAUCCAUAAUCAUUUUAGGUAUUUAAAUGAUCUCUGUGGAUUGGUAAGUUUGGCCAUUUGACCAUUAUUUAUUAUCAGGAUGGUUGUAUGCUAAGGUAAGUUGGCACCAUAGCAUUAUACUGUUAUCUUCAUUCUUCUUGAAUGAUAUCUGUUAUAUAAGCAAUGUAUAAAUAAAGUAAAAAGAACAAAAUGAAAAACCCAUUCUAAUGUCACCACUCAAAGAUCUAAGUCCUGUGUUUCUAUGUAUCCUUCUAUAAACUCUUUACUUAGGUUUCUUUUAUUUUUUAACUUUAAUAAUGGUGCUAAAAGACAAAGAAUACCUAAAAGUAACAAAUUACCUACUAACAAUGUGAAGAUAUAUAUUCCCAUAGUCAUAUCCCCGUAUUUAUACUCCCACAAAAGAAAAAAUGGAAAAAAAUGUCUGAUGUCUUUAAUCCAUUAUCAAUUAUAAAUGAGGUAAUAGCUCAGUUUCCACAAAAGUAAAUCAUUAUGAAAGGUAAAUCAUUAUGGGAAGUAGAAUGUUUUAAUUAACCACAUUUUUCUUAAUAUGCAAAGCAGGUAUCAGCUGUUGUCAUAUUCUCACCCUUAAAUAUUAAAUUAUUCAUAACUUUUAAGAAAAAUAACAGAAGAGAUUUGAUAGAAAUAAUACAUCUCCUAUUACCAAAGAAAAAUUAAAUAAUCUUAGUGUACUUUUCUUAUUCCGUCAUGUCUUUUUCAAUCCAUACACUAAUAUAACUAGCAAAUUAAAGUAUUACUUUAACUGGAAAUAUUUAAGAACCUUAAACAAGGCAUUUCUUUG